AUGAGCUUUUCAGCUGUAACAACAUCGGCCGUCGAUCAGGGCGACGGAGCUUCAAUCUCCGCCAUCCAUUCCGACAUCAUCACUGCUCACAUCCUUACCCGCCUCGACGGCCAGACCUUGGCUGCCGCGGCCUGCGCUUCCUCCGAAUUACGCGCCUUCUCCGCCGAAGAAAAACUCUGGCGGGACGUCAGCACCUCCACUUGGCCUUCCAUCACCGAUCCACGUGUCGAUGACCUCAUUUCCACUUUCCCUGCCGGUCACCGCUCAUUCUUCUCCGACUCUUUCCCGCUCCUCGACCACUCCCCCUCCCAAUACAAUCCCAGAUGUUCGUCUCCCACCGCGGAGUUAAUCUCGGCCGUCGAUAUUUUUUACAAAGACCAGCUCAUUUUCUCGAAAGUUGAAGAGUCCGAAACCGAGUCCGGGUGGUUCCUCUUCUCGCCCUUCCGAGUUGAAUUACUUGACAGGAAAGAAACCGUCCCAACACCAAUCCGACAUGUCGGGGAAGACCAAAAGUCGUUGAAGAACUUGGAGGACAACUUGAGCCUGAGCUGGAUAGUGAUCGACCGGGCCCGGAAACGGGCGGCGAACUUGUCGAGCCGGAGGGCGGUGAAGGUGCAGCGGCACUGGCUAACGGGGGAGAUACAGCUGCGCUUCGCGACGAUUUUGGCGGGGGAGAAGAAGGGGGAGUAUGUACAGUGUGGGAUGGUGGUCACGUGCAAGGGAAGCGAAGGAGGGGAGCUGCACGUGAGAGAGGUGAGCAUGCAGUUGGAGGGAAUGGAGGGGAACCACUUGAACGGGAGGGAGAGUUUGGUAAUUUUGCAGAGAGCGAUCGAGGGAGGGAUGAGGAGGACGGAGGUAAACGAGAAGGCGAGGUUCGAUGAAUACUUGGAGAUGAAGAGAGAGAGGAGAGAGAGAAAGGAGAGGAGAGAGAAGGCCUUGGACAUGAUCUGCAUUGCUACUGGGGUUACUAUUUUCUUGGCGUUCUGGUCAUUUGUCUUGUUCAGAUAA